AUGCCGGCGCGUUCAAGGGUAAGACGCCGUCGGGGUGGAACGAGCGGCUGUGGAAGAAGAUCUGCGGGGGCGCGGGGCAGGGCUUUUGACUGGGACUGGUUCCUUUUCCUCUUCUUCGUCCUCGACAUGCGCUUCGGCGGCGAGGGAUUUUCAACAGGCGUCCCCUCAGAUUCCACUCCAUCAUCGUUAAGAUCGAUGGAUUCAGACCCGAUUCAGGUUUUGCUCAUCUUCUCCCUCAGCCGAACGAACUGGUGGCUGUUCGUCUUCUCCCUCACACUAUCGCUGCUAUAA